AUGCUUCCAACAUCAUCAACCCAAAUAGUAGGCGGAAGUCAUGGAGGUGACAAUUAUCGCUGUGAUGCUGAAUAUCCACGUUACUGUGAUUUAUGCACUGAAGCCGUGAAAAAAUUUUCUGAUCGUUUGGAAUUUGCUCAACAUCUACGGGCUAUGCAUUGUACUAAAGAAGGUGGAUCAUUCAUAUGUCGUUAUGGGCCAAAUAGAGUUUGCCAAACAUUACCUUUGGAAGGUGUUUCUGAUCACGAUUAUGAAGCUCAUAUCCGAAAAUGUCAUGCCAAUUUUGUUCUUGGUAAACAGCCAGCUAUGGCUAAGGCGGAAGGGAAAACAAAGCACUCUUCCUCAAAUCCAACUUUCACCAUUCAAAGGUAG